AUGGUAUCCGUCCUCGCCUCCUCGGUCCUCCUCGCUGGUAGUCCAAGUCCUGGAUCCAGUGGCUGGGCGUGCUGGUUCAAUUUACCAGCGAUCCACGACAGAGAGACCAGUGGCUUGGGAAGCUACAGCAGUCCGAGUUGUGAAGCAAUUAGCAUUGAUUCUUUCGAUACGUGUCGUAGUGAGUUCGAUUCCGACGAAGAUAAUGAUGAUAAUAAUGAUGGUCCUUCAAAUAAUGGCAACAAACCGUUCAAAGGACAAAGCGAAGUAACCGAGAGACAAUUUUUUACACAAGUGUUCCAAUCACAAAGAACAGCUGAUGAUCUCCUUCAGUAUGAUUUUUAUUUUAAGGAGUUCAAAAAUUGUCCCAUUCAAACGGAAUGUACAGAUAAAUACAUUUUCCAUGACGAAAUCGAUACUCUGAAACCGGGACUAGAAGCAGAUAAACCCUCUCAAAGCGCAUUUAGACCAUCUCGAACGACAACAAACUUCAAUAUAAUGGACAUUAGUCCUGGUACCGAUUCCAGGACUGCCUAUUGCAUUAUAUCCAGCAAAGUCAAGAGUGUAAUUCCUUUAGUAAAAGUGGCAUAUCCUGAUCUCAUCAAUGGUGAAUGUAGUGGUAUAACUGAAUCCUUAAAUAUCAAAGACCAGAAAGUUUGUCGUGCGAAACUGCUAUUAAACAUUGAACGUCGUUUAUACGCGAGCUCCUUUUACCCAGAGAUAUUAUUUGACUUAGAUGCAUUAGUGAAAAUAUCUCAGUCUGAUGAAAUAGCAAAACAAAAUUUGAAUAAUAAUGACGAAAGCAGAAUCGGACAACCAAAUAUGGAAACAAAGAGUCUGCAAUUUGAGUCCCGCUUUGAAAGUGGUAAUUUAAGACGAGCCGUGCGAAUCGGGAUGAGGGAAUAUGAUCUAAUUCUGUCACCAGACGUCAACAGUAGAUCCGGUCACCAGUGGUUCUAUUUUGAAGUAUCAAACAUGGAUGCUAAUACUUCUUACACCUUCAAUAUUUUAAACUGUGAAAAAACGAAUUCACAAUUCAAUUUCGGCAUGAAACCAAUUAUGUUCAGUGUUAUCGAGGCAACAUUGGGAAGACCGGGAUGGUUUCGAACUGGUACUGAUAUAUGCUACUAUAGAAAUGCAUAUAAGAGACCAAACAGUGAAAAAAAUUACCUGACCACUUCGUUCACUAUCGACUUUCCUCAUUCUUACGAUGUGUGUUAUGUCGCCUAUCAUUUUCCGUUCACAUAUAGUACUCUAAUAAGACACAUCUGGCUCUGGUUACAAGAAUUUUCGGAUGGAUUGAUUUACUUCAAUGUAGAUGGUUUAUGUGAUACAGUCAACCACAAUGAGUGCCCUGUACUCACCAUAACGUCCCCAAGUUCAUCGAGAAAUCCAAUUCAC